GUAUAAAUCAUUCGUCAAGUAAUCAGCUGUCAUUUAACACAAAUAUUUAUUUUCCUUGUGGUAAUUUCCUCGUAGCAAAUUUAUUCAUAAAUCAUUGUAUUUAAGGAGAAAAUUUUAAAUAAAAAUGACGAGCCAAUCCACAGGGAUACAACAACUUCUAGCUGCCGAGAAGAAAGCAGCAGAAAAGGUUACCGAAGCUAGGAAACGCAAGGCAAAGCGAUUGAAGCAAGCGAAAGACGAGGCGGUUGAGGAGAUUGAGAAAUAUCGUGCAGAGCGCGAACGUCUGUUGAAGGAAUAUGAAGCAAAGUACAUGGGCUCACGAGAAGGAGUUGCUUUAAAAAUUGACCUGGAUACCCAGAAUAAAAUGGAAGAAUUAAAAAAGGCGGUGGAGAAUCGGAAAGAUUUAUUAAUCGGUGAUCUUUUAGAUCUAGUUUACAACAUCAAAUCGGACGUCCAUAGGAAUUAUUCCAAGAAAUAAGAGCCAUGAAAUGGUUAAACCAAUGAUAAUUUAUGUUUGAUGAAAAUUUCAGUCGGAAGACACACGUUGUGCAUGUGCGAAUUUAAUAGUUAACUUUAUAUGUAUGUAGUCCUAUUGUUUUGAAUUAAAUACUCGAAUGCUUUAAUUUUAA